GUAAGAGUUGAAGCAGAGAGAAAGCCACUGUGCAAACAGCCUCUGCCUGUGACCAUGGGUGACUGGAACCUGCUGGGGAGCAUCCUCGAGGAGGUCCAUAUCCACUCCACCAUCGUGGGCAAGAUAUGGCUCACCAUCCUCUUCAUCUUCCGCAUGCUGGUCCUGGGGGUGGCCGCCGAGGACGUUUGGGAUGACGAGCAGGCCGAGUUUGUCUGCAACACCGAUCAACCAGGCUGCAAGACGGUGUGCUACGACCAAGCCUUCCCCAUCUCUCUCAUCCGCUUCUGGGUCCUGCAAGUCAUCUUUGUGUCCGCCCCAUCUCUGGUCUACAUGGGCCACGCCCUCUACCGCAUCCGUGCCCUGGAGAAGGAACGCCAUAGGCGGAAGGCCCAGCUAAGGGAUGAGCUCGGGGAGACAGAGCAGGCGUUGGACGAGCACAAGCGCGUCGAGAAGGAGCUGAAGAGGCUGGAGGAGCACAGGAGGGUGAAGAAGGCUCCGCUGAGAGGGUCUCUGCUCAGAACGUACAUCAUGCAUAUCUUAACGCGCUCGGUGGUGGAGGUGGGCUUCAUUAUGGGCCAGUAUAUCCUCUACGGUGUCCGCCUGGAGCCACUGCACAAAUGUGAGAGGUUCCCUUGCCCCAACAGUGUGGACUGCUACGUCUCCAGGCCGACGGAGAAGACGGUGUUCAUGGUCUUCAUGUUUGUCAUCGCCGCAGUUUCUCUGUUCCUCAACGUCAUGGAGAUCUCCUACCUGGGCAUGAAGAAGAUUAAGCAGACAUUAAACGGGCAGCAUUAUGUUGACGAGGACAGUUUGAUCUACAAGCCCAAGAAGAAAGCCACCAUACAGCAACUCUGUGUGAUGAGGAACCUCUCACCUCACAACGGGCCGCCUACGCAGACGAUCUUCAAAGUCAUUCCCGAGAAGGAACUGGACACCCCUCCACACUAUAACGCUGGGCCCAAAGCUAACCAUGAAGAGCUAAGGCACAACAGCGUGGCACAGACCGGGCACUAUCUCACCAACUGUGUCAACAUUCAGCCAAGACAGCAGCAACGCCGGCCCAACCAAGACUGCACCUUUCAGGAUGUGGAACCCCCCCCCACCACUAUCAUCGCAAACUUAAACAACCACCACCCUCCAGCCUGGGUUGGAGUACAUGCAGCUGGGGAAACUGGGCCAAAAAUGAAGAUCCACGAAGACCACCACCAGCAGGAGUACUAUCAGCGUAACCACAUGGAGCCACCAGUGAUCAACAGCAUGAUACACAGACCCAGUCUGGCUAUCAGGGACCUGGAAGAGGAGGAGAGGAGGGCAUCCAUGGCCAGCGAUUACCUCUUCCCCAACCCCAGGAAAGCCAGCUUCAUGGCCAGGAUGCCAUCAGACAGCAUGUCCACCAUCAGUGGCUCCAGCAGCCCCUCAAUGCGAAGUUCCGAUGAGUCCGAGCUGGGGUCUUUGGGGAAGGGAGACAUGCCCAUGAUGAUGCCCCCUCCUGGAGGGAGAAGAAUGUCAAUGGCAAGUAGAGCUGAGAGACAGGCAGCCUCUGACCUGAUUGUUUAG